AUAUAAUCAGCUGCGUGUAGCAAACGAAACGAAGAUGGCAGAAUACGUCGCAGUUUGUUUGCGAUCGAGUUUUACAAUUCAACUAUGCUGUUUUACUAUAAUGAUCUAGGCGGAAGUAUAACUUAAGUUGUAUAUCUUCAAUUUAUAUCUUGACAAAAUGGCUUGUAUUCUAGACAAUAAUCACAACGCAGAAGAAGACGACAGCAGUAUUGACUGGCAGUUACCAAUUUCUUUCGUGAAGAAGCGUCAUAUAGAGAAAAUAGAGGGUGCAAAUGCCAUAACACAGACAUGGCGAAUGAAAGAAAGGAUGAAAACAGUGAGCGUGGCCCUUGUUUUAUGCCUGAAUGUUGGUGUUGAUCCUCCCGACAUCAUUAAAACACAACCAUGUGCUCGACUUGAAUGUUGGAUUGAUCCAUUAUCAGUGAGUCCUCAAAAAGCUUUAGAAACAAUAGGAGCAAAUCUGCAGAAGCAGUAUGAAAGGUGGCAGCCACGAGCUAGGUAUAAGCAAAGCCUUGACCCUACUGUUGAGGAAGUGAAGAAAUUGUGCACAUCUCUCAGACGUAAUGCCAAAGAAGAACGGGUUCUGUUCCAUUAUAACGGCCAUGGUGUUCCCAAGCCAACAUCUAAUGGAGAGGUUUGGGUGUUCAACAGGACAUAUACCCAGUACAUCCCACUUUCAGUGUAUGACCUACAGACCUGGAUGGGAGCUCCAUCCAUAUAUGUCUAUGACUGCUCCAAUGCUGGCAUAAUUGUGGAUUCAUUUAAACAGUUUGCUGAUCAACAUGAAAAGGAAUAUGAGCAAGUAGCAGCACAGAGUAGGGGAUCAGUGAAUUCUCCACCUACGUUCAAAAACUGCAUCCAAUUGGCAGCUUGUGCGGCAACUCAGAUCCUGCCUAUGAACCCUGAUCUCCCUGCAGACAUAUUCACUUCUUGCCUUACAACUCCAAUCAAGAUUGCACUUAGGUGGUUUGUGAUGCAAAGUACUUCAAAGUUGGUGCCCAAAAUUUCAAUGGAUCUUAUAGACAAAAUUCCAGGCCAGUUAAAUGACAGAAGAACAAUGCUUGGAGAACUGAAUUGGAUCUUCACUGCCAUUACAGAUACCAUUGCUUGGAAUACGUUACCAAGGGAUCUGUUCCAGAAACUCUUCCGACAAGAUCUCUUGGUCGCAAGCUUGUUCCGAAACUUCUUACUAGCUGAGAGAAUUAUGAGGUCAUAUGAUUGUACUCCAGUUUCUUCACCAAAGUUGCCUCCAACUUACCAGCAUCCGAUGUGGCAGGCUUGGGACCUUGCACUGGAUUUGUGUCUAGCGCAAUUGCCAGCCAUUCUGGAAUCUGAAGAUCAGUUUAUUCAUUCGCCAUUCUUCGAGGAGCAGCUGACAGCAUUUCAAGUGUGGUUGGCACUUGGGUCAGAGCAGCGCAAUCCUCCAGAACAGCUUCCCAUUGUUCUGCAGGUAUUACUGAGUCAAGUGCACAGGCUGAGGGCACUGGAGCUACUCGGAAAGUUUCUGGACCUGGGUCCUUGGGCAGUGAACCUGGCACUGUCUGUCGGCAUAUUUCCCUAUGUGCUGAAAUUACUACAGAGCUCUGCAAGGGAGCUCAGACCACUCCUUGUUUUCAUCUGGGCUAAAAUUUUGGCUGUAGACAGUACAUGUCAGGCCGAUCUAGUCAGGGAUAAUGGACACAAAUACUUUCUGUCCAUCCUUCAAGAUCCUUCAAUGCCUGGUGAGGACAGGACAUUGGCUACGUUUGUGCUAGCAAGUAUUGUUAACAACUACCCACAGGGACAGGAGGUGGCACUGCAAGGAAGCCUCGUUUCCAUCUGUCUAGAACAGUUAGGAGAUCAGAAUCCUCUUCUUCGUCAGUGGCUAGCUAUUUGCCUAGGCAGACUGUGGACAAACUACGAUAAAGCUCGAUGGUGUGGUGUUCGAGAUAUUGCACAUGAAAAGUUGUAUAAUCUGCUAUCAGAUCCUGUACCAGAGGUCAGGGCCGCUGCAGUGUAUGCACUUGGGACGUUUAUCAGCUCAGUAACAGAACGUAGUGAGCAUGCCAAUAACAUUGAUCACAGCAUUGCCAUGACCCUCAUUAAUACUGUUUCACAUGACAUGAGUCCACUCAUAAGGAAGGAACUUGUUGUUGCCCUGCAGUGGAUGGUGCUUCUAUUUGAGAACUCAUUUCUCUCUGUGGCUCUCCAGGAGGAAGGCCGGACUUCACAAGCUUUGGCAGAUGUCAGCAUGUCUCCAAUCAUGGGAAUGAGACGUAUUGCUUCACGAGAUAGGCUGAAGAUACUCUCUCCUGGAUCUCUUUUUAACCCAGAUGGCGGCAUCAUUCCUGUUACAGUAGCAAAUGCUGAGGCCUUCCAAUCAAAUUCUGACAGAAUUAAACGUGUAUCAUCAUCAUCAUCCAUUAGCAGCCUUGGGCAUGGACAGCUCAGUAAUUUACCAAAUCUCUCCUAUGGCAGUAUUUACAUGAAACUGUGGCAUGGUUUAACAACAUUGGAUGUGGACCCACACCCGAGCAUUCGGCACAUGUCACAUAUAAUCACCAAUCACAUUCGUGACCAGGUGAAAGAUUCCUCAGUUCCGAAGGAAGUAAAUGAUACUAAAAUAACAUCAUCUUUAUCUCUUCCUCCUUCUCCGUCUGGUCGACCAACAUUCUUAGCAGGUGAAUCUCCACCAUCUACGAUUUCAGCUACAGAGCUUCAUCGCCUUGCAGCAUCCCGAUCAUCACAUCUAACAUGUCGUACUCGUAAAACUCUGCCAAAUACUAUCUCUGAAGAAGAGAAUGACAUAAAUAGCGGCCGUAAACCUCUGGUAACAACUCAGUUUGUUGACUGGAGCUGUAAAUACUUUGCUCAGCCUGUGAUGAAGUUCCUACAGGACAAUGAUGUGGAAAGCAGUCUGCAUUAUGAACGAGAAUGGAGGUAUCAGCGCAACAGUGCACUUCGCUGUGAAGCAAGGGAUGAACAGCGGAAAAUAGCGACAGGGAAACUGGAGUCUCAGGUUUUCAGUGCCCGAUGUCCUAAUCCUCCAUCAGUCAUCCAGUUCCAUCCAUAUGAAACUUAUGUUGCUGUUGCUGGCAAAGAUGCUUUCAGUAUCUGGGAUUGGCUGUCUGGAUGUAAACUUAGUUACUGUCCAAAUCAUGGUUCAAAAGCAUCCCGCAUUACAUCGCUGCAGUUUGUGAAUAGCCAUGAUGUAUCACUUCUCCUGGUGGGUUCAGAUGAUGGAACAGUGCGUCUGUGGAACAACUACACGUUGGCACAGCACGGGCUUGAACCUGGGCUGGUAACAGCGUGGCAGGCCCUGGCUGAUGUCCAGCCUGUCUCACGCUCCCUCAAUGCUGGUGCUGGUUCAGUUAUGUCGUGGGAGCAGCGGGCACAGAAUGUGAUAGUGACAGGUGAUGUGAGAAUAAUCAGGAUAUGGGAUGCAGAGAGUGAACUGAAAGUGCAAGACAUUCCGACCGGUGCUGACUGUUGUGUCACAAGCAUUUCCACUGAUGUAUCAGAAUCCUCUUUGAUAGUAGCAGGAUGUGGUGAUGGCUCAGUGCGAUUGUUUGAUCGCCGUCUGCCACCCCAAGAGGCACGUAUUAUGACAUGGAGGGAACAUUCAGCAUGGAUUGUAGAUGUUAACCUUCGAAGUAAUCCUCAAGGAAGUGGGAAGGCUAUCACUGGGUGUGUGGCUGGUGAUGUAAAAUUUUUUGAUCUUCGGAGGAAUUCUUCAUUAGCAACUUGUGAAACAUCUCAGGGAAUGACAGCAAUGGCAGUUCACAAAGCUGCUGACACGUUUGCUUGUGGCUCUGUGAACCAAUACAUAAGUGUCUACAACAUGGAAGGGUCACCUCUUAACACUAUAAAAUAUCAUGAAGGUUUUAUGGGGCCAAGGAUUGGACCUGUAAGUUGUCUGGCAUUCCAUCCUUACCGAGUGAGCCUGGCGGCAGGAAGCAUGGACAGCUCCAUCAGUGUAUAUUCAAUUGACCCAAAGAGAUGACCUGCCAAUCAGCUUUCUCCUGUAACCAUACAAUUUUGGUGAGGCAGUGGGGGAAACUGGUAACAAAAUGAGUAUUCAUCACAAGGUGCUGAGAAGAAUGUCUGGACCUAAAAGAGGAAGUAACAGAACCUGGAGAAAACUGCAUAAUGCAUAGUGCUGUAAUGUAAAAAUAUAAAUUUGGAAUCUAUGGAGCUCAUGUAACUUGGCCAGUACAUUUGAGUCUAAUGUGCAGUUUCUUUGGAGAAAAACAGUCGUACAGUGAAGUAAAAAUGGUGAACUAUUAAAUUGUCUUCAAAAACUUCUUAGUGCACAUUCUUUAUCAUUAUCACUAUGAAUUCUACUGAUUUUUAAACUAUGAUUAAGAAAUAUUGUAGUACCACAAGUACAAAAUAAUGCAAUAGUUGAUGCUUUAAUAUUAAAUAUGUAAUUUUUUUAAUUAUAGGUUACUUUUUUGUUACCUCAAUUCACAUAAUGCACAGGAAGUGUAACUGAGUACAGGCCACAGUGCAACAAAGCUUAAGAAUUGCUAUUAUUACUUCAUUGCAUUUCCACUGAGUAUGUUGUACUUAAAGUGUAAUAUAUGCUACAAUGCUGUGAAGUACAUUAACUUUUCACAUUAUUUUAAAGCUGUCACGCUGCAGUCUGACUGUACAUAAUGUACAAAUUCCAGAAGCUAUUUGGUAAUGGUGUUACUACCUGCAAUUGUACCUUGCCAGAUGCACUUACCCUGUCAUGUUCAUGAGUAGAACUGAAAUUGUGAGUAGUUCCUUAUGAAACGUUGCAAAAACUGGUCAAAGUUAUGUUAACCAGCAAUUGUGUUAUAUCUAGCAGCAUUAUUGUUUCCAUUAUGGAAAAUUUGUAAUAUCAUAUUGAAACAGAUUCUGGUUUAUCAAUUGAAACCUGUAUAGAAUAGUAUAUACCUGUUCAUAAGAGUUUGAAAAUGUAAUUAGCAUAACUGUAUAUAGUUAGCUGUGUUUAUAUAUCAAAACUUUGAUCCAGUUCAUUGUGUAUACCAUCAGUACAUUGUCAUUGUGCAUAGUAAAGCCUCAUUAAUGUUAAAACAAUAUAGAGCAGUACAUUUAUUCAGAUUAACUGAAAGUUUCUAUCCAGAAGCACACUGUAAUCACUGUUUAAUGUUCCUGCAGGGGACAGUGAAUUUUAACACUCAGUUGAGGUAAACCUUAAAUUUAGGAAAAUGAAGGUCUGUAAUAGAUUUAGGGCUUCAAAAACCAAAUGUUAAGUGAGCAGAAACCUUGGAUUCUUGUUUACUUGCUCAGAAGGAAACCAAUUAGGCAAUUUAUUUUAUCUUAUAAAUUCCUUGUAAACCAAUAGCACGGAAACAACCAGAGUAAUGAUUUUCUGUCAGUACAAGGAAUCUUGCAUUAUUCUAAUGGUAGAGUAUUUGUAAGGCAAGUUAGUUGUAGGCACAAAGUGCUAAUUUGUAAUGAUCCUAUAAUUUGUCAUAACUAUGAAGGUUGGUAGCUACUGUAUUACAAAGAUUGUGAUACACGUUUUUUUGCGAGUAUACUACCGUUAACAUUAAGGCACUUAUAAAGAUGACUGUACAGAAAGCGCUUGAGUACUUGUCUUGUUGAUCUCUUUUAUUAUUAAACAGCUUGCAUUUGAGUGUUUAAA